AUGGCAUCAGAACUAGAGGUCCCUGGUUCAACUCCAGACCUGGUCGCGGACUCCGUGCCAGAAAGGGAGACCAGCUUAGACUUAGGAGCAGAUGUUGAGACCGAAACUGCAGCCACCGAUCCAAUUCCAGACACAAUCACCAUUCAUAUUCUCUGUCCUACACUUUCUGCCACGAGUCGCUUCACCCUCAACAUGUCCCUGGACAGUACAGUUGCAAUCCUGAGAUUGCGUAUUCAGGAGAUUGUCCCGUCUCACCCAGAGCCCAUCCACCAAACCCUCAUUGUCCGUGGCAGACGGCUUCACUCACAUGCCGAUUCUAACAUUCUUCGAGAGGCGCUGGCGCCCAUUACUGGAAAUGAGAUGACUAUUCAUCUCCUACUACCGAUCAUCGCACCCGCUACUCCUCUUCAAUCUCGUCGCUUCGGAUCCACGGCCCCUUUCACAAACGGCUCUCAUUCCGGUUCUGAUGAAACACGGACCGCUACAAACACUCUUGGACAUGAUGUUGGCAAUGGAGUUAAUGAUGGUGACCAAUCUUCAAACCCUAUUUCCGAGCUCGAACGAAUGUACUUGAACUCUCUUCCUUCUGGGAACGACUUUCGUGGUCCUUCCUUUGCUCGGGAUCCCACUCUCCCUUCACUUGCUGAGCUCGAUUCACACUUCCAAAGACUUUCAAAUCAGAUUCGGAUCGCUCAGGCGGCUAUUGCCAGUAGUGCCGACAUCGCAACCCAAACUCGGAAUCGAUUCCUCCAUGACUAUGGGCGGAUUUCUGGCCGCGAAUUCCGACGUCUGAAUGAACUAAACCGGUCUAAUCCCCUCAAUGGUCCUCCCUCUUCUUACGAUACUGCUACCCUGAUUAUGACCCGGAAUGGUCCCCCUGGGCAAGACCCUGCUGCCUACACCGUCAUCACUUCUAAUGGUAAUACGGAGACUCCUAAUGCGGGUCCUCCUGGUCAAGCUCCUCCUACCGCCGGGCCAAAUGGAGCUCCUGAUAGAGGAGGCCCUGACGGCAUAGUUGCUCUCCCUCGGGACGCUGCCCAGCAUGUAGUGUUCAACAACCGACCACGCCCCCGGGCCCAAGCCGCGGAGGGUGAUGCGGGCGGCGCCCUCCGCCGCAUCUGGCUGUUCAUCCGCCUGUACUUCUUCAUCUACAUGAUCACGGAGCCAGGCACCUGGACUCGGACCUUGUUCGUCACGAUGGCAGUAGUGGUUGCCCUGGCAUCCAGCUCGGACAUCACUCGACAGGUCUACCGGAUGACCGUGGGGCCAAUCCAACGCCAUAUUGAGCGGCUGGCUCUAGCUGGUGGCCCGGGCGAACAGCCCGUCGCGGCCACGGCUGAGAACGGAAACAACCAGCCUGCUCCGGCUCAAAACGCGCCAGACGAUAUCUGGCAGUAUCUGUGGCGGGCCGAACGGUCCUUGGUUCUUCUGUUGGCAAGUUUGAUUCCGGGCAUUGGCGAGCGACAGGUGCAGGCUCGCAAUGCCGCUGAGGCAGAGGCGGAGCGUCAGCGCCAAGAGCGUGAGCGUGAACGCCAGCAGCAGGAGGAGGAAGUCCCGGCUCCGGAUGGAGACCGGACUCAGACUUAA